UUUCUUCUGCUAGUUGUGUAAAUGUGCAGGAAAAAAUCAGAGACACUGCCUGCCUGUUCCCAUCUCUCUCUCUCUCCAGCUCACUAACUCACUCUCCCUCCCUCUGCAAACAUUGGAUUUAAACCUGCUCAGAAUUCAGCACAGAGGAAAGCAGCGGAAGCAGCAAGCCAAGCAGCCUCUAGACUCCUGCAGCUCCAAGAUGUACCAUCCUGCCUGCUGGAUCGUCUUCACAGCCACAACCGCCCUGCUCUUCAUCCCAGGAGUGCCCGUGCGCAGUGGAGAUGCCACCUUCCCCAAAGCUAUGGACAACGUGACCGUCAGACAAGGGGAGAGCGCCACCCUCAGGUGUACCGUGGACGAGAGGGUCACGCGAGUAGCUUGGUUGAACCGAAGCACCAUCCUGUAUGCUGGAAAUGACAAGUGGUCUAUAGACAACCGCGUGGUCAUCCUAUCAAACACAAACACCCAGUACAGCAUCAAGAUCCAUGAUGUGGACGUGUACGACGAGGGGCCCUACACCUGCUCUGUGCAGACAGACAAUCACCCGAAGACCUCACGGGUGCAUCUGAUCGUGCAAGUUCCUCCCCAGAUUAUAAACAUCUCCUCAGACAUCACUGUGAACGAAGGUAGCAGCGUAACUCUCAUGUGUCUGGCCUUUGGGAGACCAGAGCCUACGGUGACAUGGAAGCACCUGUCUGGAAAAGGCCGGGGCUUUGUGAGCGAAGACGAGUACUUGGAGAUCUCUGGGAUCACCCGGGAUCAGUCCGGGGAGUACGAGUGCAGUGCUGUCAAUGACGUGGCGGCUCCAGACAUCCGGAGAGUAAAAGUCACCGUGAACUACCCACCGUACAUCUCCAACGCCAAGAACACUGGCGCCUCGGUGGGCCAGAAGGGAAUCUUGCGCUGCGAGGCCUCUGCCGUCCCUGUCGCAGAAUUUCAGUGGUUUAAAGAAGAAACCAGAUUAGCCAAUGGGCUGGAUGGAGUGAGAAUUGAGAACAAAGGUCGAAUGUCCACACUGACCUUCUUCAAUGUCUCGGAGAAGGAUUAUGGCAACUACACCUGCGUGGCCACUAACAAGCUGGGGAACACCAAUGCCAGUAUAAUCCUGUACGGGCCCGGAGCAGUUCAUGACGGCAGCAAUGCGGCUUCCAGAGCAAUGGCCUGCCUCUGGCUAUCGGGCACCCUCCUUGCUCACUUCCUCAUCAAGUUUUGAUAAGAAAGCAAAAGGGUCCUCGGAGGCGACACCCGGCUUCUCCCACACCACAGACUUUAAUCUCUACACUGUGGGGGCAACACCCAGUUUUACCACUUGAACGUACUGCCAGGGGGGAAGGGAGAGGGAGAGGGGGAGGGGAAAAGAGUUCCAACCGCCUGUUGGGGGAUAAGUCAUGGGCGUUUCGCAAGGCGAAUCAAUUUCUUCUACCCCGGCCCCGCCCUCAACCCUAUUUAUAAACCUAUCCUAAAGUUAAGCGAGUCUCGGCUGAACCUGUUCAAAUUGCCCCCAGAGACGUGUCUUGGUUUGACGGACGACACACAGCGGAAUUCAAAAUGAGUCAAAGUGUCCUAUUAUCUCUGUGUCUCUUAAGCAAAAGGAUUGUUCUUUCUACUUGUUACACUGUACAUACCUGUUCAUGUUGAUAAGUGUCCUGUUACACUUGGGCUUCACCUGGCAUCCAUUUGGAGGGAUGUUUUAAUAAAUCAAUCCACCCACCCACCCCCCGCCAGCACCUGGGCUCUCAGAAACAACUGCAGUAAGUUGCGGCUGUGAAUGGGCCAUAGCGAUAGUGCAUUUGGACACUGACAAAGGAUUUGAGAUCCCUUGGAGUGCAGAAAGGGAAAAGCUAGAGGACACUGUUCUCCCCUCUUGCUAAAACUGAUGGCUGAGUGGCUAAUGCAAACAGAUAAACAGACAAAAUGGUGAGUCAUCAAUCUCCCCAUCCAUCAAAGUAAUCACGGAGCCAUUCUAUCCAUCCAUCUAUCCUAUUCACCCAUCCAUCUAAUUAGCUAUCCAUCUGGCUUUCUAUCUCACCAUCUCUUUACUGUAUUUAUCAAUUUAUCAAUGUAAUUAUCUGUGCUUCUAUCCAAAUCUCUCCUUCUCUGCUCUUCAUCCAUCCAUCAGCGUAAUCAUCUCUAUUGAGUCACCUAUUUAUCUAGCCAAGUUUCUAUCUCGUUCCCUCCAUCCAUUUAGCUUUCUUUCUAUUUUGUCUGUUCAUCCACCUGCUAACGGCGGAAGAUAUUGAGAAAUUUCACAAUAUUACAUUUAUGCGUGUGGUAGAACAUAACUACUGGUCAUAAAGCUAAGCAAUAUUUGGCCAUUUGGGCAUGUCUCUGACAAUUCAAAACAUGAUAAUGCAGUAGCAAUCCUUCACUUAGUCCUCCCUGCAAAAAAAAUAAACUAAAAAAACAUAGAGAUCUGUUUUCUCCUACUCCCCAAAAUAUAUACUCUCUUUUUCAAAGUAAACAACACCCCUCACUCCACCCCAAUGCUAUUAUAAUCUUUUGCUUUUAAGAACCAAUGUUUUAUAUUUGCUAACAGGUGCUUGUACUGCUGUUUUCCAAUGGGGAUGCAUCCAGUUUCCUUUAAGAAAAGUCCUAAUUAUCCAUUAUUUAUGGCAAUUCCAAACAACAUGUCCACUACCCAUCCCGGGAGAGCCAGAUGCAAUCUGGCCAACACUUCUAUGCUUACUCCCUUUCCCAGCCCCGACCCUCAUUUGCUCUGUUCAGAAUCCAUCCAGUCAGAAGCUGACGGAGGCCAAUUAUUUUGGUAGUGUGUUGACAUCACUCCUGUAUUUGUUUGGGAACCUCUUAUGAGCAGAGGGUACUUGAAUAACUGACUUAAUUUCCAAGCACUUGAUUAACUCAACACAGAAAACAGAUGGGAAAGAGGAAGGGAAGA